GCCGUGGCUUGCCCGCCAUCUUUUGGAACUCGGUGGAUGGAUGUUUUGUCCGUUUGCGGGUCGACAGGGGCGAACUGGCGGCUGCAGUUACAGCGGGGUCUUUGCGUGGUUUGUGCGGUGCUUUCACGGCCCCGUUCGCCAGGGGGCACGUAGCUUGGCUGGCGCGGCUGAGUGUGCGCGAUAAAUUGGAUGUUAGCCGUUGGCUAGCUCGUUAGCCACUUAAAGGGUAGCAGUUAGCAGCGUGUGGGGCUGCUGCCGGACUCCCAACAACAGCUGUUGAUCACCGCAGGACUCACCGGGAUCUGCUCUGCUCGGGCAAGGUUGUGCGAUGGGAUUUGGGGGAGUGUGGAUCUGAAGCGUUGACAGCGGAACUGAACUGAACCCCGACACACACCCGCACGCACACACACAGGGAGUUGUGUUUUCUCACCCGCAGGUCAGACGCCGCCGUACCACGCUGCAUUGCUGCGUCACUGUCGUCCACCAUGUCGGACGCCCCUGAGGCUGCCCCCGCCAGCCCCCCUUCCAUCACCAACCCACCUCCCCCAGAGGUCACCAACCCUAACAAACCGGGCAGGAAGACCAACCAGCUGCAGUACAUGCAGAACGUGGUGGUGAAGACUCUGUGGAAGCAUCAGUUUGCCUGGCCCUUCUACCAGCCCGUGGACGCCAUCAAGCUCUGUCUAUGGGACUACCACAAGGUGAUCAAGAACCCCAUGGACAUGGGAACCAUCAAGAAACGCCUGGAGAACAACUAUUACUGGAGCGCCAGCGAGGCCAUGCAGGACUUCAACACCAUGUUCACCAACUGUUACAUCUACAACAAGCCCACAGACGACAUUGUCCUGAUGGCUCAAGCUUUGGAGAAGAUCUUCCUGCAGAAAGUAGCUCAGAUGCCGCAGGAGGAAGUGGCUCUGCUGCCUCCAGCUCCUAAAGGCAAGAAAACGGGCAAGCAGCCAGCGGCCACUACAGUGAGCCUGCAGGCGGAGUCCUCAGCCUCCCCUCCCACCUCCUACCCCUCCCCCUCUCCCUCUCAGACACCUGUAAUCUCCACCACACCCACUCCUGUCCAGGCCACGCCCCCUGUCCCUGCCCCACAGCCCCCAGCAACCAUGAUGCCAUCUGCGCAGCCUGUUGUCAAGAAGAAAGGUGUGAAGAGGAAAGCCGACACGACCACUCCCACCACGUCAGCCAUCUCUGCUGGCCGCGCCGACUCCCCGUCCGCCCAGGACACAAAGCCAGCCAAACUCGUCUCGUCCCGUAGGGAAGCUGCCGCCCGCCCCCCCAAGACCCGCCGCGAGACGGUGGAAGACGCGGCAGGCGUUGAGGUGGGAGGCGGCGGCGUGGGGGCAGCAGCCAGGAAGCCAGGAAAGCUCGGAGAGCAGAUGAAACACUGCGACGCCAUCUUGAAGGAGAUGCUCUCCAAGAAACAUGCCGCCUAUGCCUGGCCUUUCUACAAGCCUGUGGACGCUGAGGCGCUGGAGCUGCACGACUACCAUGACAUCAUCAAACACCCCAUGGACCUCAGCACCGUGCGGAAAAAGAUGGAUAAAAGCGAGUACAGCGACCCCCAGAGCUUCGCCACAGACGUCAGGUUAAUGUUUUCCAACUGCUACAAGUACAACCCCCCAGACCACGAGGUGGUGGCCAUGGCGCGCAAGCUGCAGGACGUGUUCGAGAUGCGCUUUGCCAAGAUCCCAGACGAGGGCUUGGAGGUGUCCGUCCCGUCCACCACGCCGCUGGUCAGUAAAAGCACCGCCUCCUCCGACAGCAGCAACAACUCGUCCUCCGAUGAAUCGUCUGACUCUGAGGAGGAACGAGCCACGCGAUUGGCUGAGCUGCAGGAGCAGGUUGGUGCUGUCGGCCAAUCACAGCUGAAGGCCGUGCACGAGCAGCUCGCUGUGCUGUCGCAGGCGCCAGUCAGCAAGCCCAAGAAGAAGAAGGAGAAAAAGGACAAGGAGAAGAAAAAAGAGAAAGACAAGGAAAAAGGGAACAAGGCUAAGAUAGAAGAGGAAAAGAAACCCAAAGCUGCUGCGCAGCAGCCCAAACCAGCCAAUCAGAAGAAGGCGCCAGCCAGGAAAGCCAACAGUACAGUAACAGCCCCCAGGCAACCGAAAAAAGGCGGAAAGACGUCGGGCGGGGGCUCGGCCAAUGGAGACGAUGGCGAGGAAUCCUCUCUGCCCAUGUCGUACGACGAAAAGCGACAGCUGAGUCUGGACAUCAACCGGCUGCCGGGGGAGAAGCUGGGCCGCGUCGUGCAUAUCAUCCAGUCCAGAGAGCCGUCACUGAGGGACUCCAACCCCGACGAGAUCGAGAUCGACUUUGAGACUCUCAAACCCUCCACGCUCAGAGAACUGGAGCGCUACGUCAAGUCCUGCCUGCAGAAGAAGCAGAGAAAGCUCAUGCAGAAAGCAGCAGGAGGUGGAGCCUCUGGGGGCGGGGCCAGUCGUCUGAGUGGCAGCUCCUCCUCUUCCUCCGAUGACAGCUCCUCAACAGGAACCUCUUCAUCCUCUGACACAGACUGAACACUCGGGGAGGGGGCACACGCCUGUUACUGAUCUUACACACAAACACAGAAUCAGAGAAACUUUGUUCUUGAACAAACACACAAACGACCCGCUCGGAACUUCGCACACACACACUCAGACGUGCAGACUGUAUGUAAAUAGGCUGACUUUGCUUUUUUUUUUUUUUUCCUUCUUUAGCUUUUAGUGUUUUUAUUUUAAUUUUCUGGAUAGAAGCAGUCAGUCAGGAAAAGGGGGAGGAGAGAACAGGGGGCGGAGACAAAUAAAACCAUCGAAAGGUUUCCUCCUCCUUCUUCUGGACAUCCGGCGGCAACCCCUGACCUCUGAGCACAUUCCAGACGCACCACGAGAAGAGGAGCAGCCAAUUGCUCGCACGGCGUCGGAUUACUGAUCAAUCGAAAGUGUACGAGAAGAAGAUGUGGAUUAUUGUUGGAUUAUUGGUUGAUGCGUGGAAUCCAUGGUGACACGAUAACGUGGAGAUAUUUUAGAGGAUGUUGCAGGGAGGUGCUCCUGGGACCGAACUGAUCCAAAUAAAAAAAGCUUUUUUUUUUCUUUUUUUUUUGUGUGGAGCUGAACUUCACGAUGCAGAUCAGCUGACUGACGGAGCGUCUCUCUGCAACAAAUUUUACCGAAAUGUAAAAGUUCUUGGCAAUUAAAAAAAAAAGACAUUUAAUGUGUGAAACUUGUUUAAAUAAGGAUCGUAUUUCUGUUCAAAUCCCCCCACGUCCUCCGAGAGCGACCCUGCUGGUCCUUCAGCCAGGAUCUGCAACCUGCUGUCUGACUGAAGUUUGUAGGUACCAAAACGUAACCCUCCCCAUACCCGUUACUAGCCCCGCCCCCAUCAUCUCCUUCAGAGAGCGAAGCCAAUCAGGUUCCUCCCCGAACACUACAUUUCCUUCUUCUGUUUGAACUUUCAGGUUGUGUGCCGAACUUGUUUGUGUCUUAUGCAGUUCUGGAUAUAAAAUGUCUCUGUACCGCUGUCCUGUCCUCGCAGGCCCGCCCACACCUCUCUCCCAGCUCCGCCCACACCCCCUCUCCCAGCCCCGCCCACACCCCUCUCCCAGCUCCGCCCACACCUCUCUUCCAGCUCCGCCCACACCUCUCUCCCAGCUGUCCCAGAGCUCUGCAUGGUCUUUGACAGAAUCCAAAGUCUCCUGCCAGUGCCGCAAAUUACGGCUCUGGGAAAUUAUGUCCUGUGUUGCUUUCAUCAGCCAAUAGGGGAGAGGUGGGUGGGGCCAGCAACAGCAGUUUGGAGUAAAAUUCAACAGCAGACAGUGCAGUUUAUGUCUCAUCCUUCAGAGCAGCAGCUCGGUGGCAGUUUCCUUAUUCUCUGCUGUUUCUGACUGGUCCCUUGUGUCUGCAAUCUUUUACGUGAUUGGCCCUGUUCUCAAUUUUUUUUUUUUUUUUUUUUUUUAAAUGCUCCUUGUUGUGGCUUCCCCUGAAGGCUAUCUGUGGCAUUACUCUGUUUUUGUUUCAGCUUUCAACCAAAACUCAUGGCCUUCCUUUGCGUGUGAUGUCACUGGUCACCACGGAGACGGUUCAGCUCUUGUGUUUUCACAUUUGUGGUCUGCCUUCUCUCUUCGGGUGAAAGGACGGCCUGAAACAGUCGCUCAGAACAACAUUUCCUGUCUGAGGGUGAAAGACAGACAGCUUGUUGCCACAGCAACCCUUCUCUGUUUCCUUUUAGUUAAUGGUUGAGCUUUGAAGCGAAUAGUUAAUUUUUGUAUUUUAAUAAGAAAAAGGAAAAGGUGAUUUUAUGUAUUUGCAUGCACUCCGGCCGUACGUUCUUUCUUCUGUAUGUUUGAGCACUGUAUAGUAGCUGUAUAGUAGCUGUCUGAGGUGUAGAAGGAGCUCCGCUCAAUAGAGACGCAGAGGACGAACCAUCAAAAACCAACAAGUGAAUUAUUUGAUGUAAUUACUGAUAUGGGAUCCUUAUUUUCUGAGUUAAUUUGUUUUCAUAAAUAAACCAUAUAAACUGAG